AUGGACGAUGCGUGGUUCCACACGCUCACUUCCACAUCGUCUUCCUCGACGACAUCUUCCAGGCCCGCUCAGCACAAGCGUCGCACGUCUCUCCUCCAGCAGCCGGUAGAUGCAUGUCCCGCGAGACGAGCCCAGAGUUACAGCGAUUUCUACUUUGCAGUGACCGAAUUCAGCAGAAACGAGGCUGUGUUACAGAGAAAGAGCAGUUUGGGCCAACAAUAUCAAAACUUCCAAUCAGAGGCGCCCAGGGAACUAGAUUUUGAAGCCGAGUUUGGCGCUAUUGAAGAUCGGCUGCUUGACGAAAGCCAUGCCGACUAUCAAACAUAUCUGGAGCAGCUGGAGCUGUCUGACUCGCACUUGGACAACCUACUCUCGACGACAUCGAGUACAUUGGAUCUCCUAUCCACUUUGUCAGACUCAUUCCGAGCUGUAGAAGCGCAGACCGAGGCUUUCCGACAACAAUGCGAAUCUCUCGUUGCGGAACAGAGGCGGCUAACUAUGCUGGCCGACGCCAUAGACGAGAAUGUACAAUACUACACGUACCUCGAGCCGAUGACAAGAAGCCUAAAUGCGCCUGGUGCUGCGAACUUGGUCAAUGGCAAAGACUUUCCAGAGAUGUUGUCGCACCUCGACAACUGUCUAGCGUACAUGGAGUCGCACCCGAAGCAUAAAGAGUCCGCUACAUAUCGAAGUCGCUACCGCUUGCUGUUGACGCGGGGCUUGACUCUGAUCAGACACCAUUUUACCAAGUCUCUUGGAGAGAUUGCCUCCGACAUCAGCAAGCGCAUACAAAUUGGCCAGCUCAAAGAGACAACGCAUUCUGCCUUGCUCUAUGCAAAAUUCCGCGUUCCUGCUCCAGAGCUUAAAGCGCUUGGUGUGGAGAUACAGAAGAGAGCGGUGCCAACUCCAGAUGACGUUGAUGCAGGAAGAGAGCCAGAGUAUCUGAGUCUGCUGCGUGAACUCUACCAGUCCUAUUCUACCACUAGAGGUCGACUUAUUCUGCCACUGGUCGCAAAGAAAAUGGCAGAGCUUGCAGCCAACCCUCAGCAAGCCGAGGUCUUGGCAUUCGCAAAAUCUAGCCUGAGCUUCGUGCGAGGCAUUUGCUUAGACGAGUAUGACCUUUGGUUCGAGUGGUUUGAAAGUGAAGGCGCGCUGUAUGAUUUCCUUGAAAGUCUCCUGGAGCCGAUGUAUGACUACUUGCGCCCUCGGACGAUCCAUGAGACGAAGCUGGAGAAGCUCUGCGAUCUGUGCGCCAUGAUACAAGGUAGGUACAUGGAGCUUGAUUCUGAGGAAGAAGAUGAUGAGGCAGAGCAUGGGCUCAUGAGUCCAUCUGUGAACGGACGGCCACUUGGUAGAAAGCUGGAUUUUGCCGCCCUAGUCCAGCCUGCCCUUGAGGAUGCGCAAACAAGACUGGUCUUCCUUGCACUUAACGUUCUACGAGAUGGCAUCGAGCAAUACAAACCAAAGGCCGAGGACCUCGAUUUCUCGGCUAAAGCAGUUGUCACUGGCGCCAAUGGCAACAAGAAAGGACCGGUCCUCUCUGGUAAGCGGAACGCAUCUGUACCGUCAACACCUAUACCAAAAACACCGACUGUCGUCGACGCCGAAGACAUCGACGAUGGCGAAAGCAUAUUCAGCAGACAACUUGCGGAUGAUACAUCGUCAUCGUCAAGCCGGCAUUGGUAUCCUACGCUGCGCAAAGCAGUAUGGUUGUUGCGUCGCAUCUACAGACUUGUCAACAGCACAGUCUUUGAUGAUCUAGCACAUCGCAUCGUGCACUCCACGAUCGCUUCACUCAUCUAUGCAAGCCAGCAGGUCUCGUCGAAAACGACCGCGCAAGACGGCCAGCUUUUCUUAAUCGUGCACCUGCUUCAUCUGAAACAGCAAAUCGUUGCCUUCGACAUCGAAUUCAUCCCUCCAGAAGUAGAGUUCGACUUUUCUUCCGUCACGAACACCUUUUACGAGUUGCGGGAGCGCGGCAGCCUUUGGAACCCGGCGUCAUGGGUUCGGCUUGUUGGCGGUGCUGUGGGUGGCGGCCUUCUCCCAAAAGUGGUCGAGAACAUGCUUGAUGCGAAAGCUGAGCUCGAUGGACGACUGCGCACUGUCAUCAACGACUUCGUCAACGGAUAUGCAAGCCACAUCACUGCCCCAAUAGACUCCGCGAGCUUGGCGCAGGCACAGAAGAACAAUGAUUUUGAUCCUUUGAAAGCUGUCAGGACUGUGCGGGGUCUCGCCGAGAAGGACGUACCAGCUCUCCGCGCUAAGCUUGAGCAAUUUUUGGAUGAUGCGCGAACACGGGAGACUCUGGUAGCCGCUGUGCGAGAUCAGGUCAUCAUGUCCUACGAGGAAUUUUUCGACUCUUAUAGUGAGGGUACUGGCAAAAAGUUGAGCCGCAAGGGCAAGGCGAGGGAGGAUGAGGUCAUGGGUCCGGAGUUAUUCAAUGAUGCUAUGGAGCAUGUCUUUCAGGUUGGCCAAGUCGUGGGCGAUGACAAUGAUAGCGUAGGAAGUGGUGGCAUUAGCGAUUGA